GAAUUUCCAACCAUCCUACCAAUGGGAGAAACCAAGCCAGAAGAACACUGCAUCGAUUUACUAACCACUGGGACAGAUUUCCGGAAUUCGUUCCUGCUACUCUUUGUCGUCUUCAUCUUGGUCAUCUCGCCAUCAGCAACAUGGCGAAACAAUUCUUUGCUAAUGUGAAAUCUGUCCUUAGCGGUGACACAUUGGUAUUGACUAGCCAAAACAACCCGAAUGCGGAGCGUAUUUUCUCUCUAGCUUUCGUCACCGGCCCACAUCUCAGAAGAGAGGGUGACGAACCGUUCGCUUUCCAAUCUCGGGAUUACCUAAGAAAGCUGGUUGUUGGCAAGGUUGUUCAAUGCACCAUUCUUUACACGAUCCCUACGUCUGGCCGAGAUUAUGGUGUUGCUCAGCUCAAAGAUGGAACUCAACUGCCUGACGAUCUGGUCAAAGCUGGCUGGCUGAAAGUCAGAGAAGAUGCGGGCCGGAAAGAAGAAUCCGAAGAAGUCCUCCAACGUCUUGAAACUCUUCGCUCGCUAGAGGCAGAAUCUAAGAGCGAGGGCAAAGGACUUUGGGAAGGCACUGGUGGAAUGAUUGAUGUCCAGAAUGAUAUAAGUGCCCUAGAUAUCAACGAGUGGAAGGGCAAGGCGGUUGACGCAGUUGUCGAGCGUGUCCUGAGUGGCGACCGACUACUUAUGCGCCUAAAGUUGUCCGAUAAUAAGCACUUGCAGGUUAUGACUCUCGUUGCUGGUAUUCGCACGCCGACUACGGAAAGGGUCAACCAGUCUACCGGUCAGACGCAACCUGCCGAGGAAUUUGGAAAUGAAGCACGACAAUUCGUCGAGCAGAGAUUGCUUCAGCGUGAUGUUAAGGCCGAAAUAGUCGGUACUAGCCCGCAAGGACAGCUCAUCGCUGCCAUUCUGCACCCUCGCGGAAGUAUUGCGGAGUUCCUGCUCGCUGAAGGGUUGGCGAGGUGCAACGACUUUCACUCUACUCUUCUCGGGCCAAAGAUGGCUGCUCUGAGAGCAGCUGAGAAGAAGGCCCAGGGAGCCAAACUACGCCUGCACAAAGACCAUGUGGCGAAGGCUGAAGGCGGCAGCUCAUCUGACAUGAUUGUCUCCAAGAUUCAGGGAGCGGAUGCGAUAUUCGUUCGGACGAAGAAUGGUGCCGAAAAGCGGAUCAACCUUAGCAGUGUUCGAGGUCCUAGAACCAACGAACCCUCCGAAGCUCCUUUCAGAGAAGAAGCAAAGGAAUACCUCCGAAAGAAGCUUAUUGGUAAGCACGUAAAAGUAUCUAUAGACGGACACCGACCUGCUAGUGACGACUUCGAAGCUCGCGAUGUGGCCACAGUAACCGAAAAGGGGAAGAAUAUCAACCUCCUGCUGGUUCAAGACGGCUGGUGUUCUGUGAUUCGACAUCGCAAGGACGACACCGAUAGAGCCCCGAAUUACGAUGAGCUACUUGCAGCCCAGGAAAAAGCGAAGGAAGAGAAGAAAGGUAUGUGGUCUGGAAAACCGUCAAAGGCAAGAACAUACGUCGAUGUCUCGGAAUCGGUGCAGAAGGCCAAGAUCCAACUUUCUACCCUGUCACGCCAGAAGAAGGUACCUGCGAUUGUCGAUUUCUGCAAGGCUGGUUCUCGAUUCACCAUCCUCAUUCCCCGAGAAGGAGUUAAGCUUACGAUGGUUCUUGCUGGUGUUCGUGCUCCCCGAGCACCUCGACUACCUCAAGAAAAAGGGGAACCAUUCGGGCAAGAAGCGCUUGAUCUUGCCAACCGUCGGUGUAACCAGCGUGAUUGUGAGAUCGAUGUUCACGAUAUUGAUAAGGUUGGCGGGUUUAUCGGAGACCUUUACAUCAACCGUGAAAGCUUCGCCAAGAUCCUAGUCGAAGAAGGCCUCGCAUCUGUCCACCAAUACUCGGCAGAGAAGGCAGGCAAUGCUAAUGAGCUUUUGGCCGCCGAGAAGCGUGCUAAGGAAGGGCGCAAAGGCAUGUGGCACGAUUGGGACCCGUCACAAGAGGAAGAAGGCGAAGAAGAGGUCGUUGACGUCGAACCAUCGAAAGAUGCUGCCCCUACAGACAAGAAGGCUGCUGACUACCGGGAGGUUGUCGUCACCAAUAUCGAUUCAAAUGGAAAGCUCAAGAUCCAGGAGGUUGGCAAGGGCACCUCUGCUUUAGAAAUCCUAAUGAAUGAGUUCAAGAAAUUCCACCUUGACUCGAAGAACAACAAGCCUCUCGCCAACCCUCCGAAGGCAGGCGAAUUUGUAGCGGCCAAGUUCUCCGCCGACGGCCAAUGGUAUCGUGCGCGAGUCCGAUCGAACGACAGGGCGGCUAAAAUUGCCGAGGUCCUUUACAUCGACUACGGCAAUAGCGAGAAGAUCCCGUGGUCCAACCUCCGACCAUUAGACCAGCCGCAGUUCACGACGCAGAAGCUCAAGGGCCAGGCCACAGAUGCGGUGCUCUCUUUCAUCCAACUUCCCACCGCCCCUGACUAUUUCAAUGACGCGCUGAACUACAUUGCCGAGGCCACUGACGGCAGGUCGCUGGUGGCCAGCUUCGACUUCGUGGACACGAAGGAGGGCUUGAGUUAUAUCACCCUUUUUGACGAGAAGAAAUCCGGCAGCACGUUCGUCGACUCGAUCAACAAAGAUGUCGUGGCUAACGGCCAUGCCUUGGUUCCCAAGAAGCUGAAGGCAUGGGAACGCGGACGAGCUUCGGAGGAGGUACUGAAGAAGUUGCGCGAGGUGGAGGCUCAGGCCAAGGCUGACCGCUUGGGUAUGUGGGAGUACGGUGAUAUCACCGAGGACUAAAACAAUCUCAGUACGGCUCAUUUCACCUCUCCUGCGUACAACUUCCGUUUUAUAGACUGUUGUCUAAAAUCAUGUUGGCAUAUAUUUGCAUUGCAUGGGGAAGACAAAAAAAAAGGCUGCAUCGUGGUUUGCGAUAUCACUUUAGAUAGGUACAUAAGUCACAGCCUAUCUUAGUGGAGAGUAAAAGCAUGGGACAGAUAUUUAGUAUUACUUCCAGAAUAACUUGCUUCACAUUUUUAGAAUUGUUUGUGACCUCAUUUGCGACUUCGUCUACUAAUAUGAUAGGUAGCGAAACCAUUUAAGUUUUAUAGGGGCAGU